CGGUAGGCCGUGAUAGUCUUUACCACUCCGUGUGUGUUUAAAGCCCUUUCCUAAAUCGGAGUGUCCUCUCCUCGGCACAGGAGUGCGGCCGGAUCACUCGAGAUCAGUCGUUCUCGGACGGUGAGGCUGUUUGAGGUGAAGACAAUGUUUUCCCUUAUCAGUGAGCGACGAUGCUUCUCGAGGGUUGUUAUCCAGGACCACCAUCGUCGUCGGCAGGAAAAACGACACAAAUAUAUUACUGACCUAACGAAUUGACCGGACGUGGCUUCUGUCGGUGACGUGUGUGCAUUAUAUAUUUAUUGUGAAGCGGAAGUCACGGUCAAAGGAACAGAAGACGUUAAAAGUGGUUACAGGUUGAAAAAAAUUUAUAUAUGGAGAGGUGCGGAAAAAAGUAUGCAGCAUGUCUAAGAUAGUUAGAUCAGUGAGUGAUCCUAUACAAACAUGUCGUUGGUGAAAGGAAUCAUGUGACCGUGCCGAUUUUAGGAUAACGACAAAUUUCUGACAACGUUAAUAGGUCUCCGUGGUAAUCAUCGUCAGGCGGAUUUUCAUCAGUAACACUGUUCUAAGUAGCAGCAGUCUACUAUGUCUUAAUCUGAAGGCGGAUUUCGGUCCCUGUAAUGCUGCGGGCUAUUUGCCGUGGCCAAAAGCUGGCUUGUGUGUACUUGGAUAGUUAGAGAACGAUGCGGCGAAACUCAUGACAACAACGAUGUCGGAAGCAUAGAGCAUGACAUUAGUAGAACCGCUCACUAGCGCGGUGAAGAUGAAUUCGACAGAAGUGAACGUGUCCAGUGGAUCUUUAGAGGUACUGUUUCCGCCGUUAACCGUCGCGCAGCGAUGGCACGUCCUGGCUACAGUGGCCUUUUUCAGCGCCAACUUCAUCGGAAAUUCGGCUCUGGCCGUAGCCGCUUGGAUGGGGUUACGCCGGAGUCGCAGAGCCACUCGACGUCUGUCGCUCGUUACAGACUUUCCCCAGGCGACACGACGGCCGAAAGAGCCGAAGGCGACAGCAUGUGACCACAUUCUCAUCGCGGUUUUCAUUGUAGCGCUAUGUCGGUCGUGCACCCGCGCACCCGUGCAAAUCGUCCAGAUGCUAUCAGGCGAACCGGCCGUGGGCUUAAUCUCGUGCCAACUGCAGGGCUUCUUAAGCGCACUUCUCGAAUACCUACACUUCUGGUACCUGAUGAUGUUCGUCAUAGAGAGAUAUAUGCGUAACAGUAGUCCGUAUGAAUACACGCUAACGUUCAGCCCAUUAAAUGCGUACGUCAUUCUUCCGGGGCUAUUUCUAGUUAUUGUCCCUCAGGUCACCGGGCCUGUUUAUGGGUGGGGAAAGUACAAUCUUAUACCUGAGCUAUACGCCUGCGAUCUUGCAGCGGAUUCGAAACACAGUUGCUCGUACCUCUUGUUCACAGAUGUUGUUUUAUUAUUUCCUGUUAUUCUGGGAUCUGUCUACGCGACGUUAGCGUUCUUGAUUCAAACGCCGGAACAGCCAGCCAAAGCGACUGGCGAGUCCCGUCUCCUGUUUCCCCGCAAGGAGAAGCUCAGCGUCCUUUUCAUCUGUCUGUUCUGCUGUAUUUUGGUGCCAUCAUGUGUAGCCGUAGUGCACACGGUUCGGGCAUGCGUCUCGUCGGUACCACGCGGAGUGCUAGUCACAAUGGAUUUAGCGUGCGAGGCCAAUCUGUUAGUUCCCCCAUUGCUGCUAUAUCUCUUGCAUGGCACUCGGAUUCGAGCAUUGCUGUUCGAAAAUCGUGAUCGCACCAGGUGACACCAACAGGCGCCGACCUUACAUUCGAAUGCGGCGAGCAAUAGCGAAGCCUCGGACAAGUCCUUCAUCAUAAUGACGGAUCUGUGACGAGCAAUAUCACGAUGCCGGACUCUAACGACCGAGUGCUCAGCGGAAGAAUGGAGAAAGGUAGACUACAAAAAGCAAAUCAAACAGUGGUCUUGGGUCACACUCGUACAGAACCGUGCGAGUGUGGCCACACAAGGACAUGGGAAACGUGUGCUACCUGAAGGGAACUAGAAAAGGAAAUACAUGGAAGAAGAAGGAGGAUUAGAGGCCCGCGCAACUCGUACCUAGUCCUAUUUCUAAUUGCACAUACGGUACCAAUUUGUCCCGCACUCCGGCACCAUAUCGAGCUGCUUGUUCAGCCAACACGCAUCGUUGCUGGCCUUGCCACCGUACCAUCGACGUUGUAGAAAACUCCGCAAUAGUCGCCGCCAUUAAGAGAGGAGGACUGGAGCUAAUGGGAACGCAAAAAUGUAUUUGUCCUUCCAGAUAGAAAGAGGCUCCAGCGAAGUCGAUUACAACAAAAUAAGAAAUUCACUUUUUAGCUCUAGAAUAGGGACUACUAAAAAUCAUUCCGUCGAUUAUCAAGCGGAAUGAUUUAAGUGAGAUGCAUACUUGGCUAAUUUAGCCGGUCUGCUCGUAUCAGAGGGUUUCUACUACAGUACAUUAACUUAUAUCCGAAAUUUUCCUUAAAAUCCGAAAUUAUGUAAGUAACGUGUGCUCGUAAAAUAGCAACUUGAUUCAAUUAUUUGUCCUAGUGAGCCUAGUUUACUUCAAUGGGAAAAAGUUUAACGUUCGCGCAGCUAUAGGUGUGCGAAGAUGGGACAGUGAAUACCGCAACGAGUCGACACAGAAAAAAAACAGAUAAUACAUAUAUGAUGCAUACGUUAUGGUUAAAAAUAGGAACAUCUUUUAGCAGAUUAAGAAGAGAAACGGGUCGAUCUUAUAUGAGAUAUGGAUACUCCUCGGAAAACGUCGAUCGUUCUGCCACCGGUAAAUUCAAUAGAAGAAAAGCUAAAUGGAUUUGAAAUAUAUCACAAACCUUAAUUUUGACGCCUACCGCGCGUAUAAUAUAUCAAAUCGGAGAUUUUAACAGCUAAAUCGUUGGCGAAUAUAGCCAGGAAUAAGACUGAUAUCCAUGCCGGAGUCGAGAUUCCUACUCCAUUAGAAGCGGACUAUAAAUUCGACAACUUUAUAGGUCUACUGAUCAAGUGUGUUGUUAAUACCUGAGGCGCCCAGGACCCGGUAAAGGCAUUAAUAAAUACAUAACAUGAAUCGAACCGGGGAAAACUGGGCGGGAAGAUAGCGGGAAAGCAGGGGGUAAACAAGGUGGCUAAGUAAAGGCAGAAGUGCAUGACUUAUUUUUCCCAAACGCUAUGCUUCUCUUUUUGAUUGUGAGUUGUGUACGUGUGACAACGUAAACGUAGGGCGUAAUGAAAGCAAUAUUAUUUUCCUGCAAUAAUUCUAGUGUGUAGUAAAGGGAACCUGAUAGUAUGAUAUAUAGAUAAUGAAAUUAUGGAACGGGUCUGAAAACAAACUUGCUCAAUAGGUCCGACCAAGAUUUUACAAGUUCGUAGACAUCUGAGCGAUCAAUGGGAAGGUUUAUUGCUAUCUCUCGAAUACGAUGGGCGCCUAAGAAAUUAGCCAUCACUUGCUGUUAGCGCCUGCCAUCACGCGGACGGAAAAACCGCAGGCCUUAACUAAUAAAUAUCUGCGAAAAGGAAGACCUCACUACUGGAAAAUGGCGUCUUGUGUAUAAACUUUUAACUUGACUAGAGCAGAAGCAUAUAUUUUUGAGAUUCGUAUUACCAACAAUUACAAAAAUACUGAUAUUUCUAGUUUUUAGCUAACACUAAGAAAGAAGAUUAUUUUUGGCUGACAUUCGGGAUUUUUAGAUGCGCAUUUUUAAAAAAAACAAGCUGUCUAUCGAGACAGUCCUAUCAAUUUGUUGUCGUGAUUGCUUUAUUUACUGUUCUCAACGUUUGCAGAACGUAUAGUCAACGGAAUCUAGCCCCUUUUAUUAGUGAUACUAUUUGAAUCAAUUUCCUCUAGAAAAGAUUUCCCAAAGAGUAAACUCCAAGAGUUUUAUCAAAUGUUUUGUUUUAACUAAAGAAUAUAGGGGCAGAAGUUAUAUAUAUAUAUAUAUAUAUAUAUAUAUAUAUAUGUAAGGUCAGUUUUAUCUUUAUAGAUCUUUAAAUACUAAAGCUGUGGCUAUAUGAAAAUUUGUGUCGUAGGAGCCUCGAGGCAUGUCAAAAAGAUUAAAUUAAGACAAAAACAUUUUUCUUAAAAACAUUGAUCAUUAUAUGUUAUUAUUACACUACAUUAAAAGUGAUAGUUUUUAUUUGUAUGAUUAAGAAAAGUUACCUAAACUUUGCCAAAAGCAGUAGUCGUUUAUAGAAACCGAUAAAAUUAUCGUAGCUCCACAAAUUUAUUUAUGUCUAUAGAGAACGACAGCGUUCGCGGCGAAAUAUAAACAAGCCAUGCACAGAAUGCUAUUCUACAUAAAGUAAUGUUUGUCUUUCAAUUUGAAGUCACAUGCCAGGCCCAUAAACAUCAAGUUAAGUUUAACUCAGGAUUGACUUUAGUUUUCUAACUGAUUAGGCAAACAAACGCAGCGGUAAGAAAUGGUGAGCAGAAUCUACUUCCGAAAGGAGCUAAAAUCAUGAAAAAAAAAAAAAAUGGCUAAUCUAGAUCAACAAUUUUGCCUAAUAAAUGUAACGCAAUAAUGGAGUCUCCAUAACAGCGACUACCGUAGCAAUGCUCGAUUCCAGAGUAGCUUGUAAGCGUGGGAACCACUAUGACACUGUGACAUGGCUCGUGAGGCAUUAUGUUAAGUCUGGUAGCGUAAGAUGCUACACGGAAAAAGGUAUGCCGCAUACAUUGGUACAAAUAAACACCUGUACCGUACACGCAGCCACACGGUCUUAUAUGGCCAUAGAGCUGUGAUUUUAGGACAAAUGAAUAAAAUU